GGCGGAGCUUCACUGUAGCAGUAGGUCAGCGCUACUGUGUAAAUCAGCCACAGAUUCCCAGUAUGACGUGAAAAAGUGGUUUAUUAAACCACAUUACCCGGACUGGGGGGUUUAACCGACCACAGAGCAGCUCGGUCUGGUGGUGUACAGGCGUUUAGAAGCGAGCCAUGGAUACCACCACCUCCCUGAAGAUGACCUCCCUGGCUGUCCAGACUCUGUUCAGCUACGUGGAGGAGGAGAACCUGGCGGCCAUCAAAGCACAUCUGGACAAGUUCAAAGAUGUGGACAGCAGGAGCGAUAAUGGACAGACUCCCCUGAUGGUGACGGCUGAGCAGGGCAAUCUGGAGAUACUACAAGAGCUCAUUAAGAGAGGAGCCAACGUGAACUUGGAUGAUGUGGACGGCUGGACGGCGUUGAACUCGGCAGCUAAAGAGGGCCACAUUGAGGUGGUGAGGGAACUGUUGGAGAACAAUGCCAACCUGGAACAUCGAGACAUGGGGGGCUGGACCGCUCUCAUGUGGGCCGGCUAUAAAGGGAGCACGGAAGUGGCCCAGAUGCUCUUGGAAAAAGGAGCUAACCCCAACAUCACUGGACAGUACAGCGUCUACCCUAUUAUCUGGGCGGCUGGUCGCGGCCACGCAGAGAUCGUCCAUCUCCUGCUGCAGCACGGAGCCAAGGUCAACUGCUCAGACAAGUAUGGCACCACUCCUUUAAUUUGGGCUGCCAGGAAGGGCCAUUAUGACAGUGUGAUGCACCUUCUGGAAAACGGAGCUGAUGUGGACCAGGAAGGAGCCAAUUCAAUGACAGCUCUGAUUGUGGCCGUGAAAGGCGGCUACACAGAAGUUGUCAAGGAGCUGCUGAAGAGGAACCCAAAUGUCAACAUGACGGACAAGGACGGCAACACAGCCCUGGCCAUUGCUGCCAAGGAGGGACACACUGAGAUUGUACAGGACCUGCUGGACGCCGGCACCUACGUCAAUAUCCCAGACAGGAGUGGGGAGACGAUGCUGAUCGGAGCAGUGCGAGGAGGUCAUGUGGAGAUAGUCCGAGCUCUGCUGAACAAAUACGCUGAUAUUGACGUCAGGGGCCAGGAUGGAAAGACUGCCCUCUACUGGGCAGUAGAGAAAGGCAACGCGACCAUGGUGAGAGACAUCCUGCAGUGUAACCCUGAAACAGAGAGCUGCACAAAGGAGGGAGAUACCCCACUUAUCAAAGCCACGAAGAUGCGGAACAUAGAAAUUGUGGAGCUGCUGCUGGAUAAAGGAGGCAAAGUGUCUGCAGUCGACAAGAAAGCAGACACGCCGCUCCACAUUGCCAUCCGAGGUCGGAGCCGGAAAUUGGCCGAGCUGCUUUUGAGGAACCCUAAAGACGGCCGCCUGCUUUACCGGCCCAACAAAGCCGGAGAGACCCCGUACAACAUCGACUGCACCCACCAGAAAAGCAUCCUCACUCAGAUAUUCGGAGCCAAGCACCUCUCCCCGUCGGAGACAGAAGGAGACAUGUUGGGUUAUGACCUGUAUAGCAGCGCUCUAGCAGACAUCCUGAGCGAGCCCACCAUGCAGCCGCCGAUCUGUGUUGGAUUGUAUGCUCAGUGGGGCAGCGGCAAGUCUUUCCUUCUUAAGAAACUGGAGGACGAGAUGAAGACAUUUGCUGGCCAGCAGAUAGAGCCGUUGUUCCAGUUUUCGUGGCUGGUGGUCUUCCUCACCCUAGUACUCUGUGGCUCACUAGCUGUGGUCCUGGGCUUCACUGUUGAUUCGAAGCUGGCAAUCGCUGUGUCCCUCAGCCUCCUCGCCCUGCUCUACAUCUUCUUUGCGCUGGUUUACUUUGGAAGCCGUCGGGAGAGGGAAAGUUGGAACUGGGCGUGGUUCAUCAGCACCCGUCUGGCUCGCCAGGUGGGCUACCUGGAGCUGCUGCUCAAACUGAUGUUUGUCAACUCGCCUGAGCUUCCUGAGCAGACGACACGUGCCUUGCCUGUCAGGUUCUUGUUCACAGAUUAUAAUCGCUUAUCCAGCGUUGGAGGAGAGACGUCCAUGGCUGAGAUGGUUGCCACGCUCUCAGAUGCCUGUGAGAGGGAGUUUGGCUUCAUGGCCACAAGACUCUUCAGGGUUUUCAAGAAUGAUGAGAUCCAAGGUCAAAAGUGGAAGAAAACCUGUUGCGUUCCCUCCUUCGUGCUGUUUGGCUUGACAAUAGGCUGCCUGAUCACCGGUAUGGCCCUGCUGGUCAUCUUUAAGGUGGACCCUCAUAACUUGACGGUAAAUGCAGUGCUGAUAGCCAUGGCCAGUGUUGUGGGUCUGGCUUUACUGCUGAACUGCAGGACCUGGUGGCAAGUGGCCGAUUCCGUCCUGAACUCCCAGAGGAAACGCCUGCACAGCGCUGCCAACAACCUGCACAAACUCAAGAGUGAAGGAUUUAUGAAGGUUCUGAAGAACGAGGUGGAACUAAUGUCAAAAAUGGCCAAGACCAUUGAUGGUUUCACCCAGAACCAGACGCGUAUGGCCGUCAUCAUCGAUGGCCUGGAUGCCUGUGAGCAGGACAAAGUGCUGCAAAUGUUGGACACGGUCAGGGUACUCUUCUCCAAAGGCCCCUUUAUCUCCAUCUUUGCCAGCGAUCCCCAUAUCAUCAUAAAAGCUAUCAACCAAAACCUCAACAGUGUGCUGAGAGACUCCAACAUCAACGGCCACGACUACAUGAGGAACAUCGUCCACCUUCCAGUGUUCCUCAACAGCAGGGGCCUCAGUACUUCCAAAAAGCUUUGCAUGGCAGCCCCCACCAAUGGAGAGGCAAUGCCUGCUGAAGGAUGGCACGACGAAUUGGACAGGAAGUUGUCUCAGACCACCCUGGGCCAAGACCAGGCCAAGUUUGGCAGCAAGAAUGCCCUUAAUCGCAGGGACACAUACAGACGUCGCCAGAUGCAGAGGACCGUCACCAGACAGAUGUCAUUUGACCUCACCAAGCUGCUGGUGACUGAAGACUGGUUCAGUGACAUUAGCCCACAGACCAUGAGGAGGCUGCUCAACAUUGUUUCUAUCACAGGUCGUCUUUUGCGAGCCAAUCAGAUCAUUUUCAGCUGGGAUCGUCUUGCGUCAUGGAUCAACCUGACAGAGGAGUGGCCUUACAGGACGUCAUGGAUCAUUCUGUUUCUGGAGGAGACCGACGGAGUGUCUGACCAGAUCCCUCUCAAGACCAUUUAUGAGAGAAUCUCCAAGAGCAUCCCCACCACCAAAGACGUAGAGCCACUGCUGGAGAUCGAUGGAGACAUCCGCAGCUUUGAGGUCUUCCUCUCCUCAAGGACGCCUGUCCUCACUGCCAGAGAGGUGGAGAUGUUCCUGCCCUGCACCGUCAACCUGGACCCCAAACUCAGGGAGAUCAUAGCAGAUGUGCGUGCGGCCAGGGAGCAGAUACACAUGGGGGGAGUGACCUAUCCCACGCAGCCACUGCAAGAGGCAGUGCCCCGGCCCCAGUCAGGUUAUGGGCAGCCUCCCUCCGCCUGCUCGCCGGCAGGCUCCUUCGCUGGAUCCCUGCCUCCUCCGCCCCACAGUGCCUACUUCAGCGGGAUGACUGGACCGCAGCAUCCCUUCUACAACCGGCCUUAUUUCCCACAUCAUGUGUAUCACCUGCCACGGCAUUACUCCCACCAUGCCCCCCCAUCCUCGCAUCUCUUCUUUAAACCAACUGGCCUACCUAAGGACAACAAUGGACUUCAUUUAAAGUCGCUGCCUUACAAAUUAAAGAAGGUCUCUGCCGGAGCCCUGCUCAGCUCGAUGAACACAGAUGCCGUGUGUGAGCGUCUCAAACAGAUGGAUGGAAUCGACUCCAGCAUGCUGCCUCAAUACACCUCCAUCAUCAAGAAGGCCAAUGUAAACGGCCGCGUGCUGUCUCAGUGUAACCUGGAUGAGUUGAAGAAGGAGAUGGAGAUGAACUUUGGCGACUGGCAGCUCUUCAGGGGAAUGGUGAUGGAGCAACGUCAUGAUGAAAGCCAGGCUGUGCUUCAGGACGAGUCCCGGGCUGUGAGCGAGCAGGGCAGCAGCGUGCAGCACGUGGAGCCCGGCAGGCGCCCGGGAGGAGCCCCGUCGGAGGCGGCGGCGUUCAGCCUCAACCUCAGCUUCGAGGAGCUCAGCGGGGCCGGGCUGGAGGAGCCGCCGAGAAACAGCACCAACUUGCACUGGCCGGUGGCAAAUCACCGCACCUCCAGCAUGUCCAGCCUCAACUCCCAGGAAUCCUCCAAUGACAUCUGCAAGCUGACAGACAAGCAGCAGGCGGAGUACAGUGAUGCCUACAGGGAGUACAUCGCUCAGAUGGCCCAGGUGGAGAUGUCCGGCAGCGGAGGGGAGCGGCCCGUGCAGCCCCACCCCGGCCAGUUCCUGCAGGCUGCCAGCUCCGAGGACAGAGGGGCUAAGGAAGGAGCUGACCAAGACGGCCGCAAGUCCCUCAGCAAGAGAGGCUCCAAGACUAGUGAUGCCACAGACUUCGCCUCAGGGGCCGAUGCCCCGCCCCUGGACCCCAUCAGUGAAGAGGAUGAGAAGCUGGACCACAGCUCAUCCUCCAGGACCCCGGGCCCCAGGAAGAAGGCAGCGGGGUCGUACUACCACAAGCUUCCCAACGAUGAAGACUCUGGCCCAGACGACGCUGACAACACCACACCUCUCCUCCACCAAGAGGCUCAUUCAUCCCACAGAGCCUCCCAGCCCGCCGGCUUCCUCCCCGAGAUCCUCCUGGAUAAGAAGGACUCGUCUGACUCGGGGAUGCGCUCCAGCGACAGCUCCUCGGACCGCUCCUCGGACCGCUCCCUGGAGGAGGCUCAAGGUGACGCUGGCGCAGAUGGAGAUGCUAUGAAGCCCGGGAUGUUUGAGCUGGAGCUGGAGGGCCUGGUGAAGAAGAGAGGCCUCCUCCCCAGCAGCCUGAGUGGCCUGCACGACGCCACAGUGGCCCGCAUGUCCAUCUGCUCCGAGGCUCCGUCCGAGGCCAGCCUGAUGGCCAGCAGCCCCGACGAGGGAUGGCCGUCCGGCGACAUUGGCAACCUCAACCGCACGGCCAGCAACACCACGCUGAACAACAACACAAGCAGUCCCACUGACACCAACACAAACACCAACAACAGCCGUCAGCAGCAGGCCAACAUCGCGGGCACACAGUCCACCACCAACAUCUCACCGGCUGUCGUCAUCAGCCCCGGCAGCAGCGGCGGCACCACGACCGCCACCAUCCACAACCAGAACCUGCUGAGCAUCAGCCUGGGAGACGAGAGGGAGAGCGUCCUCUGAGCAGGAGCCACACGUGUUUGUUGUUCCGAUGAGCGGCGUGUAGGCUGCUCUUCUUGAUGUUGUCGUUUGAUGUUGUGACGUCUUUCAAAAGAAUUCGAGUCGAGUAGUGUUUCAAUGUUUGGAAGAAAGUGUAGGAAACCAGCUGUGAGUAGUACUAGGAUACAUCUGUAGUUACAUUAGUAUUUAAUUACACCAGGAGAGGCUUUAGUCAGGUCAAAUCUGGGAUGUUUCACCUUCCCUUGUGUUACGAUGCGUGUGCCUCUCCUGUGUUUGAAUAGUUACUGUGCGAUUUCUCUCACAUGAACGUUCUGCUGUCGUGUGGAAAUAAUGUGUCUUAUGUUACUUGUUGUGGACAAAUUGUUGGAGGCGCCGUUUCGGGAAACGAUUAAAAAUAUUAAAUAGAUUUUAGAUAGAUGGCUUAGCAGACAGUGGUAUGGUGUUGUUGGUAUUUUCUGUGGUAGAAGAAAGCGCAUGCACUCGACUCCAGCGCGGUAUCGGCCUUUUCCGAAAUCCCUUGUGAAACUGUGUUUUGUGAAUCAAUAAACUUGUGGACUCUGUGGA